GCCACACACAACGUCUGUUUCAGCAAAUGUAGUAGAUGACUUGCCUGUCCACAUCUUAACAUUGUGAGAAGGGAUUUGUUGCUCUUUUUAAGCCAUGCUGUGUGAGAGCAGACUUUGGAUUCUGGCCUACAGUCGAGUAGAGGAAGUGGCCUCCACACCUCCAGAGAGUGUCCUUCGGAGCCCCACCUGGCAGGGAACUCAUAGAGCUGCUGCUGCCGCUGCCUGUGUCAUGCCCGCCUCCACGCGCCGAUCCUCCAGAGUCCCUCGGAGAGAUUCCCCACCCCCGGACAUGGGAUCAUGGUCGCGUUUUUUGCCAUUUGAUCGCAGUUCCAUGAGCGACCCUCCCGUGGGCUCCAGGGGCCUUGGGAGGGGACACAUCUCUCCGGAGGUGGAGAUCCCCCGCCAGGAAGGCUCCGUCAGCGACGGCCCCUUCCUGGUGCCCGCCUCUUGUCAGCUCAUCUGCCAGAACUACAGCGACCUCUGCAUCCGAGGGGACCAGGUGCUGCCCCUCUCCUCCCAGAGCACUCGGGACCCCCUGCUGGGGGCCGACACCAAAGCCGUCGGACCUUUCCUCCAGUCCUGCGACGUCCUCCGGGAGGUGGAGGAUUCCCUCCCGGAGCAGAGCUCCCAGGCCGGGCCGCUGCGCCUCCUGCCCAGGAGGACGGGGUCCAACCGCUGGAGACAAGGCAGCGGGCGCGACCUAAGCUUUUUAUUCCACGGGCGAGAGGGGCCCUUCACCAACUCCCUGCUCAACUGCUACCUGGAGCACAAGCUGCUGGACCUGAACCAGCAGUACAUACUAGAGAACAUGGCCCGGGACCAGGCCGGCGGCCCGUACUCUGACCCGCCGUACCCCUUGAUGGCCUCGGAGCUCAUUCUGACCAGCCUGGACCAGCUCACCCAGCAGCUGAGCCGAGAGCGCCGCCUGGAGGCCGGCCUGGCCAAAGACAUGGUGAUCAGCUGCUUCCUGCGGGUGGCCAGCGACAUGUCGGGGGAGAUCAGCACCCCCAUGCUGCAAUUCUCUGAGGACCCCCCGGUCCCGCAGGCGGAGGAAGCUCUUUGCGAGGAGGAACUGGACAGACCUGCCCAACUGGCCCAGGACUUGGGCUAGAGGGAGGUCUUGUGUGAUCACUGCUGAGAUGCAUGUUGAUCGUCACGCCACAACAGGGAUGG